GUACAGCCUCUAUAAGUACCGAGUCGCUUCCGGUAGUCUCUGUGCCACUGCUGUGUUUGCGUUCGUGGUGGUUUCUGCAGUUCGUGCUUGCCGUUAUGCCUGAGCCGGCAAAAUCCGCCCCGGCGUCCAAGAAGGGCUCGAAGAAAGCUGUCACCAAAGCCCAGAAGAAGGACGGCAGGAAGCGCAAGCGCAGCCGCAAGGAGAGCUAUUCCAUCUACGUGUACAAGGUACUGAAGCAAGUGCACCCGGACACCGGCAUCUCGUCCAAGGCUAUGGGCAUCAUGAACUCGUUCGUCAACGACAUCUUCGAGCGCAUCGCGGGCGAAGCGUCGCGUCUGGCGCAUUACAACAAGCGCUCGACCAUCACGUCCCGGGAGAUCCAGACGGCCGUGCGCCUGCUGCUGCCCGGCGAGCUGGCCAAGCACGCCGUGUCCGAGGGCACCAAGGCGGUCACCAAGUACACCAGCUCCAAGUGAGCCCCUGCCGGGACGCGGCGCUCGCACGAGUCGCCGGGCCGCUUGACUUUCCAAAGGCUCUUUUCAGAGCCACCCACCUGCUCAGUGGAAGAAGCUGUCACGUUGUUUUACACGGUUUUUUUGUAGUUCCACUUGGCUUUUUGGUUUCCUUAUCUAGUUAAUGUUAAGAGCGUUCACAGUCGUUAAGUACAAACAGCCAUUUCUUUCAGAUAAGUGACGGAUUAUUCUUACCUCGUUUUGGAGAACUUAAUGGAGUAUAGAUGUGCUGCGAUUUGUCAGCACUCUUGAGACUGGCUGUUUCGAUGAUGUUGCUUUUUAUGAAUUUAUGUAUGCAAGGUAAAGUUCGAAUAUUAAACGUGCGACCAUCUGGUGUUCCCAAGUGGUAAAACAGUGCUGGUACUUAAUUUUUUGUAUUGUGUGCUCGGUGUUGUUACAAAAAAGGGAUAACUCAACGUUCACUUGUUACUAACAAAUUCCUUGGGUUUGUGUAUCUUGCAUUCACAAACACCUGCGUACCCAGUUUAUGUGUAGAUUCCCCAAUAGGGAAAUUGGAGCUUGGUCUUGAUACCUAGGAAUUAACCAUUAUUCUGGUGGCUGCUGUCUGCCUCAUCUUAGGUCAAAUCACAUAAAACUUGCCUAAU